CCCCGGGGAAGGGGGGUAGCUGAGGUGACCUGGCUCCGCCAUCUUGUUGUACGGCUGGCCUCGGCCCUGUGUUGGGAGGGGUGAGGGAGCUGGGGGGAAGGGCCAACUGGCCGGAGAUGGUGAUCUGCUGCGCGGCGGUGAAUUGCUCUAACCGGCAGGGGAAGGUGCAUAGAGGAGCCGUCUCCUUCCACAGAUUCCCUCUAAAGGACUCAAAACGUCUGAUCCAGUGGUUAAAAGCUGUUCAAAGGGAAAACUGGACUCCCACCAAGUACUCCUUUCUCUGCAGCGAGCAUUUUACCAAAGAUAGUUUCUCCAAACGGCUGGAAGAUCAGCAUCGGCUACUUAAGCCGACAGCUGUGCCAACCAUCUUUCAGCUCACAGAGAAGAAAGACGACAACCAGGAUUAUGUCAAAAGUAGAAUUAAAAUAGCGGGCCAAAUAUCUGUGAGGGAUGGAGAUCAAUCAAGGGAAGGAGACUGUGAGGUAGUUGAGAAAACCUCAUAUUCUGACCAAGACUUUAUGGUAAUGCAAGGGACUAAAGAGAUGGAGCAAGUGACUCUGCAAGCUGAAAUUGGGUCAAUGUCUGAGCAAGGAGAGAAUGUCUGUGGGCAGUUGGAAGGGCCUCUGAGAAGGAUGUUAGUCGAUAAUUUAGUCUCAAAGACAGGAGUCCAGAAAAAGCCAGAAAGACCAUCUGUGGAUGAUUGUUCUGAAAGCGCUGUCCAUACUGAGAGUUGGAUAACAGAUAGAAGUGGUAUAUCAGUUGAUGACUUCACACCUCCAGUAUCUGGGGCUUGCAAAUUUAUUGGCUCCCUCCACUCUUACAGCUUUUCCUCUAAGCACACGAGAGAGAAGCCAUCUUUCCCAAAAGAGCAACUUGAGAAGAAAAGGCCAAAGAGAGAUGUGGAACCAAGCUGCAGCAGCAGUAUCAUGGGGCACAAUAAGACCUUAGCAGAAAGCUCCCCUAAUUCAUCACUUACUGCAACCCCUCAGAAACCUUCCCAAAGUUUGUCAGCAUCCCCUGCAGACCUUACCCCUCAGCCAGCAACAGAGGCUGUGGUAGGGCAGAAAGGAGAGACAGAUGCCAACCCCAUGUCAAUCAAUGAGGUCAUCAUCUCAGCCUCAGGAGCUUGCAAGCUCAUUGACUCCCUCCAUUCAUACUGUUUCUCUUCUAAGCAAAGCAAAAACGAAGUGUGCUGCCUACGGGAGCAGGUGGAGAAAAAGAAUGGAGAGCUGAAGCUGUUGAGGCAGAGAAUCAGCCGCUCUGACAGUCAAGUCAAGAAGCUGAAGGAGAAGCUGGAUGAACUAGAGAAGAUCAGUUUCCCAUACUUGAACAGUCUGCUGUCCCAAGACUGUGAGACCCCCCAGCUAAACCCUAUGAUUGAGCCUCUGUCCUGGAUGCUGGGCACCUGGAUGUCAGACCCACCAGGAGAUGGUGACUUCCCUACGAUGAAGCCCUUUCAGUACCUGGAAGAGGUGCGCAUCUCUCAUGUGGGGCAGCCCAUGCUGAACUUUUCGUUUAAUGCUUUCCAUCCAGACACCAGGAAGCCAAUGCACAGAGAAUGUGGAUUCAUCCGCCUCAAACCUGACACUAACAAGGUGGCCUUCAUCAGUGCCCAGAACACAGGUCUUGUGGAGGUGGAGGAAGGAGAAGUGAACGGGCAGGAGCUGUCUAUAGCUUCUCACUCUAUAGCCAGGAUCUCCUUUGCCAAGAAGCCCCAUGUGGAGCAGGUUCUGCUCUCUUUCAUUUGGGCUUUAGGAUGCCAAUCCUCGAUUACCAGAAAAUUUAGGCUCAAUUCCGAUGGGAAACUAGAACAGACCGUCUCCAUGGCAACCACUGCGCAGCCAAUGACUCAGCACCUUCACAUUACCUACAAAAAGGUGACACCUUAAAAAUAGGAGAGUAGGGUUUCCCCGCAGAAAAGGCGGAGCCUGGAGCCUAAGGACAGAAGCCUAUCUUGGUGACCCACAUUCACACCUGAUUACAGGAGGGGGAGGCAGGUGAGCUACACAUGCUGUUGGGAAUGUUAUGCAGAUGUUUCUGUAACGGUAUAUAUAAAAAACAAAUAAAAAGCCUUUAUUUUUA